GACGAGAGGGGGAGGAGAGAGGAGGCUGAGCUCCAUGGUGAUGAGCUGUCCAGCAUUUCAGCAACCGGAGUCUCAUAGAGAGCUGGAGGAGGAGAAGGAGGGCACAGAGCUGGGCGGGGGAGAAGAGGCAGGGAAAAGGGGGACAAGGCACUGGGCGGGGAGGCAGGUCUGUAGGGCUGAGGGAGGCAGGUAAAGAAGAGGAUCAAAAGGAAGAUCCAGGCAUCAGCCCCCAAGCCCUGGAGAGAGGGUGGAGAAGCCCGCAGGAAGAUAAAGAAAUUGAGUCUCAGAGUUGUGAAGUGGCUUACCUAGGAUAAUACAGAUAAUGGGGUAUGAAGAAGGAUUCGAACUUAGGUCUUCCUGACUCCAGGUCCAUUCCUGUAUCUACUUCACUGAGAGACUACAGCUGGCAAGCCACUGCAGGCAGCCAUGUCCUCCACUUUCAACAAUGGGGCCAGCAUUCCAUCUCCACCAGAUGCUGCCAAUGGCUUCCCCCAACCUGGUGCCUCAGGCGCCUGGCACAGACCAGAGGAGGAACUACGGGUUGUGGAGCCCAGCCUGGUGAAGAAGGCCCACAGGGAGAUCCUGGACCAUGAGAGGAAACGACGGGUGGAACUCAAGUGUAUGGAGCUGCAGGAAAUGAUGGAAGAACAAGGGUAUUCUGAAGAGGAGAUCCGGCAGAAGGUGGGGACCUUCAGACAGAUGCUGAUGGAGAAGGAGGGAGUCCUGACCAGGGAGGAUCAACAUGGUCGCCACAUAGUGAUGGAAAGCCACUACUUGAUAGAGGGGGAUGCCCAGGGCCUGGAAUAUUUGCCCUAUGAAGAAGACUGCCCUCUUGAGUGCGACUGUCCUGCUGACUGUUAUCGGGCUGAUGGUGGGCACCGGGAAUACAGGACCAAGCACUGGUCAAGCAGCUCAGCCUCACCCCCUCCCAAGAAGAAGAAGAAAAAGAAAUCUGGCCAUCGGAGGAGUCGCAAAAAGAGGAAGCUAGACUCGGAAUGCAGCUGUGGGAGCUCCUCAUCCCUUCGGAAGAAGAAGAAGAAUGGAAAGAAGCAUAGACGUGACAGGUCUGACUCAGGAUCCAGAAGGAAGAGAAGACACAGGUCCCGGAGCCCCAAGAGCAAAAGAAAAGAGAAAAACAAAGAGAGGAAGAGGCCUCAUAGUGAGUCUCCAUCAAGAAGGUCUCAUCGACACAGUAGCUGUAGUUCUCAUAGCGCCUCCAUCUCUUCUAACUACAGCAGCUCCAAAUCACCCAGCAGACUGAGCCCCAAGCCCAGAGAUGAUGGCCCCAAGGCCAGUAGCCAGCGGUCCAGCAGGAGCAGAACGUCUUCUCCUUCGGGCCGCAGCAGAUCGGGGUCUCCACACCAGAAUGGCCAGCGGAGCAGGCGUCCCAGCCAGGUCCGAGGCAGCCCAUCGGAUACACCACUGGAUAGGCCCAACUCGCCCGAGGGCCGAGCCCACACCAAAGCAGAGCCAGCGCUGACCACGCCGCCUCGGGGGAAAGAGGGUCGGAGCCCGGGCUCGGCUUCGCCGCAGCCCCCGUCUAGGGGUGGCCGAGGCGGCACGGGCGGAGGAGGAGGCGCAGGAGGUGCGACCGGAGGAGGAGUUGGAGGAGGAGGAGGAGGAGGAGGAGGAGGAGGAGGAGUUGGAGGAGGAGGAGGAGGAGGAGGAGGAGGAGGAGGCGCCUGCGGAAGCGUAGCGGGAGAAGCCAAGCACCGGAGGCGCUCGCGCUCCGCCACUUCGGCGCCGCGGCGUAAGGGGCGCAGGCGGCCCCGCGCCCCGGCUCCCCGGAGCUCGCCGCGAUCGCUCAGCCGCGCUGGCUCCAGUAGUGACUCGGAUGCGUCGGGAGCCUCGCACCAGCCGGGUCCGGAACCCAGCCAAGAUCGGAGUCACUGCGCCCCCGGGAAAAAAGAGAAGGAAGGUGAUGGACGGACAAGGCACCCAGAGGGGGAAGCCACUAGGCCCCGGCGGCGGUCCCGCAGCUAUUCACCCAUUCGGAAGCGGCGUCGGGACUCGCCCAGUUUCAUGGAGCCCAGGCGGAUCACCAGUGCCCGGAAGCGCCCCAUCCCCUACUACCGGCCCAGUCCUUCCUCCUCCUCCUCCUCCUCCAGCUCCUGGAGCAGCCACUCCUAUAGCCGGAGCCGGAGUGGCAGCCACAGCCCGGACAGCUACAGCAGCCGCAGCGGGAGCCGCAGCCGAACUCGGAGCCCCUCCAGGACCCCCAGUCCCAGCCCCAGCCCCAGCUACAACAGCCACAGCAGCUCGGAGAGUGGUGGCUUCUGACCCCCAGAGAGAUCCGUGCUCCCUUUCCCUUGGAUGUCCGCUCCUUCCUGCUCCCGUUCAAGAGCCCCACCCCCACCUACCCCUGGUCCGAGGGACCCAGCUUGCUCGGGCUCAGAGGACCAGGAGGCAGGACAGAGCCAGGGGGCAGGGGCAGGUGGAGCCAUUCUCCGGUGGGCUGUGGGAGACUUUCCCCUCCAUACCCACUUACUCCCCCAUCGCCAGCUCCCUUCAUGUUGCUUCAUGCCCCACAGGGUGGACCCAGGCAUUUGGGCAGCCCAGGCCAAAGGCCCUGCUAGGCCAAACUCACCCGUCCCAUCCAUUUGCUGUCACCCUCCAAACCAGCACCGGGGAGACCCCCUACCUCCAGUGUGGGGGCCCAGAGAAGACUGAGAGGUCGGUGGAGACUUCUGACCCCCUGGAUUGGUUCCAGGGCAGGGAGUCCAGAGGGGGCCUAAGCCUGACUGGGGAAGAAAGACUCUCCCCCCUCCUCUCUUCCCUUUUCUCUGACCCUGUUGUACAAGUUUAGGUUGGCAACAGGGGAACUCUGACCUUAAGGGAAUGGGGCUGUUGCACCCCAGAACCCUCUGCCCAAUGUGGGCAUAGGGCCUGAUGACAAAGAUCGGGAUCCUACUGCUUCCAGCAGGUGCCCUCUCCACUCCUUGGGGUUGGGCACUGCCCCCAGAGCACCAAGAGCCACUGAACACAGGAAGUGCUCCAUCCCUGGCCCCCGACCCUACUCUGCCCUGAAUCACCCCACUGGGGAAGGGGGCACGGGAAUAUCCUUCCUGAGGAGCUGGCACAAGGAGAUGAAACUCCUCCCUCCCAGAAUGUAUCCCCAGCCCCCUUCGCCUCCUUGUUUGGGUGGUAGAAGAUGUGAGGCUUGGUAACUUUCCAGAGCUCUCAACUCCCUUCACAUCUGCUGCCCUCUGUCCGACAGUCCUUUCUUUCCCUCGGCCUUCUGGACUUUCUUUCCUUUGGCCUUCUCUUGGGGGAACUUGAUGCUUGAUGUCCAGAAUUGCUCCCCAAAAAGAGCAUCUGGCUUCAGUGACCAUUAGAAACAACUGAGAGAAAUGGUCCAACAAUACAACGAAUGGGACCUAGAUUAGGUGGAAGGAAAGACUCCCCAACCAUUGAGCUAUGGGGCCAUCCAUGGAGUGAUCCCAAGGAGACCUCUAGUAAUUCCACAGAGGGAAAGGAGACAUGGCUCUUGUCCUAAGGUGACUGAAGGGGAACAUACCCAGAGGCAAGGAGAUGGACUAACUGACCUUCCCAUUCCCAAAAACUAGAGAUGGACCUUUGGGGUGGGGGAGGAGGUACAAGUGACUACAUCAGUCUGGCAGUUGGACUCGGGGAAGGGAACCUCACCUCACUCAAAAUGUCCUUUCUCCCCUCCCCAGGGCUAACAUUCCCUGCCAUUAUGUAUUUUGUCUGGAUGGUGGCUCCAUCGGCUAAGCCUUCAGCAUGGCCCUACUCUGGGGUAGACAACCCUUCCCUACAUAUCCCCACAUCCCUUUCAUCCAUCAGGCCCCAGGGUCUUCAGAUCGUGGCCUGAGAGGUGGCUCAAAUUGCAGUGAGACUUCAGGGGCAGUCACUUGAAGGGGCCAGUUAACCCUCAAAAUUGGGCUCAGAGCCUCAAAGGGGCUGUGAAUUCCAGGGCCAGUAUUACUCUAAAAGCGGACAAAGUGAGUGACAUUCCCCUCCCCCAGGGAACUAGGCUGCUAUGUAAUUAAUUUAUUUAUUUGUGUCUUAUUUAUUCACCCCCCUCCCAGGCCUUGAAGGCCAGGACUCCUCCUCCCCCAGCCACACACAUACCCUGUCCACCUUGCCAGGCCAGGUGUCCAGGGUCCCUUGCUGCUCCUUCCCUGGGGGAGAGGGCCUCUUCCUCAUGCCCCUUAGGCACACAUCCCACUAACCUUGGCAAAGGACAAUUCUCAUGGGGGUAGGACCCUAGGGACCCCACCUCUCCUUGUUCCUUCUCAAUUCCCUCAGCAUCCACCCCCCACCUCAUUCCCAGGAGCUGUGCAUCAGGGAUAUCACCAAGUCUUCCUCAGUCUAAUCAGUGCCCAUCUGGGGACAGGGAGGAAACCUGACCCACAGUAUGGAGAACAAGCCCAUGCCCCAUCUCCCUGGGUAGGCCAGGAUGUUCUUCUGCCUAAAUCAGCUUUGAAGUGGGAUUUAAACCUGGAUUUUCCUUUAAUUUUUCUUUUCUUUCUUUCUGAUCCUGAGUCAAGGUGUAGUUUCCUUGAGAUGAUUGGAAUACAAUAAAACACAAGUAUACACUGUCCCGGUCA